AUGUCAGAGAACAAAGUAUUUCGCGUCCUCAUUCUGCCCGGUGACCAUGUCGGUCCUGAAAUCAUGGCCGAGGCCCUCAAAGUCCUCGAUAUAAUCGAAGAAAGUCGCCCAGACAUCCGCUUCGAGCGAGACACAGACAUCGUCGGCGGAUGCAGUAUCGACAAACAUGGCACUCCCGUCACAGACGCAGUCCUCGACAAAGCUCUAGCCAGCGACGCCGUUCUCUUCGGCAGCAUCGGCGGUCCAGAAUGGGCAGGCGUAGAACCAACUCCAGAGUCAGGACUCUUAAAGCUGCGUCAGCGUCUCGAUGCUUUCGCCAACUUGCGACCCUGCGAGAUUCUUGUCCCAUCACUAGUUAGCGCCUCGCCUAUCAAGGCUGAGCUUGUAGCGGGGACAAAGUUCAUCGUUGUUAGAGAGAAUUGCGGUGGUGCUUACUUUGGCAAGAAGGAGGAGAGUGAAGAUGAAGCUUCUGAUCUUUGGAUCUAUUCUCGACCUGAGGUUGAGAGAUUGGCUCGUGUGAGUGCAGCUGUUGCGAGGAUCUUGCAUGCGAGCAGUGAGAAGAAGAAUGAUGCAAGUAAGCCCGUUGUUUGGAGUGCAGACAAGGCCAAUGUUCUUGCUAGUGGUCGUCUCUGGAGGCGUGCAACUACAGAUAUCUUCAGCAAGGAACUCACAGACAUUGAUCUCCGCCAUCAACUUGCCGACAGUCUCGCCAUGCUAAUGGUUCUUGACCCAAAGCGCUUCAACAACAGCGUCAUUCACACCGACAACACAUUCGGCGAUGUGCUCUCCGACAUCUCCGGUGGCAUUACCGGCACUCUCGGUGUCCUUCCCAGCGCAAGUCUCGCUGGCGUGCCAGGCGAAGGAUCCUGCAAGGGCAUCUACGAACCUGUUCAUGGAAGUGCGCCUGAUAUCUCGGGCAAGAACCUCGCCAAUCCGGUGGCGCAGAUCUUGAGUUUGGCUAUGAUGUUGCGAUACUCAUUCUUGCUGGAGAAGGAGGCCGAUGCCAUUGAGCAGUCUGUAGCAAAGGUUCUUGAUGCCAAGGAGGGUGGCGGGUUGGAGAUUAGGACGAAGGAUCUUGGGGGUAGUGCCAAGUGUAGUGAGGUUGGAGAUGCCGUUUCUCAAGUGCCGAGGCAAGGACCACGGCGCAAUGCGGAUGUGAGGCCUGCCGCAGUGGAUGAGAAGGAAAUACCAAGACUAGUACGGCAAUUCUUGCAGCAUGUUCAUCCUGUGAACCCGAUUCUUGACGUUGAUGAGAUCUACUCUCAUAGUUUGCGCAUUUCAGAAACCCGUAUCACAUGGGAUGGAGAGUCAUGCAUAGUGCUCAUCGCCUGUGCCCUGGGAUGCAUAGCAAAACCUUAUGAUACCAUGGUGACUUCACCAUCAGACACAUUAACCGCGUCCUCCGUCGAAUCACAAGGUGAAGGCUUGAAAAUGGCGAGUGCCUACUUUGAACUAGCUAGGCAAAGCCUUGGCAUGUUGGAUCAGAGUCUCCUAACUGCUCAGUGCUACUUCUUUGCUGGGGUAUACCACAUCUUCACUCUCGCUCCUCUACGCGCCUGGUCCCAAUUUGAGCAUGCUGCCAGUAUCUUCUAUAUUUACUGGAAAUAUCUGUCGCGUGAAGAGGCGCAGCCGACGCGACUAGCUCGAAGCUUUUACUGGAGCUGUCUCAAAUCCCAAGUCGAGCUUGGUCUCGAUCUGCAACUUCCUCAAAGUGUUCUGAAGGAUUUACAUGAUGCUGGGUCCGAGCUACCUGCUCCUCCUAAGAUAAACGCCAGGGAAACCUUAGCCGAAGACCUUGGUAGUGUGCAGGAGGAGAGUUGGUACUAUUACCUUACUGAGAUAACACUCAGAAGGUUUAACAACCGUGCAUUCAACUUAUUGUAUAGGGAUGGGAAAGGCCUGGGGACUUCAGGAUCUCUCAGUAUAGAAGCACUUAUUUCAGCAGUGUCACAGAUUGAGGAUCAGUUGGAAAACUGGGCUCAGACAAUGCCUCUUAUGGCUCAAAUCACCAUGGGUGCUCUGCCUACCAAAAAACUAGCUCUCUUACUCUACGCUAGAAUUCUGGAACUUAAGUGUCUCAUUUAUCGGCCAUUUCUAUACUAUGCCGCUCAUUCCACCAUGAGUGACAGAGAACAGGCUCACAUUAGUCCCUUUGUUGACAAAGGCCUCUCCUGUCAUUUUCUCGCCAUUAUCAUUGGGUACCUACACUACCGAAACCACAUAACGUAUUAUCAUUUCAGAUCUUCAACAGCGUCUGCUCUCUGCAUCAUGGCAGUCGUCAAGUCUAGGAAAUUUCAUGCUGUUCAUGAGAUGGACUGGCGCGGCGAUAUUAAGAGAUUGAUCAAGAAGAUUCGAUAUUGGGAGGACGAGGCUCCUACGGCUGGGCGAUGUGCAGACGUAUUGGAAGCUGUUGUGUCGCCUGUUGAACAGUCACUUCUAUAA